AUGGUUGUCUCAGAUCUAAUUGAGAGAAAGGUAUGGUUGGGGAAUGGGCGACUGGAUGGCAAUCAGUGGCAAUGUAGGCAAUACCUGUACUCCUCUUUACUCAAAUUGAUGAGAAUAUUGGAGUCGCUCUCUCGCAUCACUUUGAAGGCGGCGCUGAUCGAGUCCAGUGGCCCAAAGCGUGUAGUGGACGGUUUGAGUGACAUCGGCUGCGUUAUGCUAGAUCAGCGCUCAGACAUCGGAGCACUUGUCCCUUACAGGUGUCGUUCAGUGCGAACACAUCGAAACACCACUCGUCCACUCCCUGUCCAAAACAUAACAUUCCGUUUAGACAUAACACGGAAUGAGUUCUUCAUAUCAUUCACAUCCGGCUCUACCGGACAUACCUUUAAGAGCAGAGCGGCGUCGGGCGGGAUAUGUAGUGCUGUGGCACCGGCCAGACGACGUCUUUUUUGUGAGUUAUUACUGCGAGUGAAAGUGGAGGCCAACCACUCCCUGACCUCAUUUGGCACGGCAUCGGGUUGUACUUCCGAGAGCUCGUCGUCCUCAUCCAAUAGACGCCUUCAAUGCAUUCAAUCUAAUUGGUUUCAUAAAAUAAUUAUAACGGCAUUCCAGUUUUAUGCUUCCACUCGAAAUCCCAGCAAAAGCUUUAACCUUCACUACAAAUGGACCAAACUUUUGAUGGAAGAGUUCUUUAGACAGGGAGAUAUGGAGAAAGAGCUCGGACUGCCUUAUUCACCCUUAUGUGACCGCAACACUACUUUAAUACCACAGUCGCAAAUAGGUAGGCGCUAUUAUAGAUCGGGCCGACAAUGGAAUUGUGUGGAGAUCUCGUCGAUCGAGUCAUUAAACACAUAA